AUGUCUGAGGAUAUCUCCAUCAUCCUCGCAUUGGGCUACUCUCACCACGCGCUGGAUAAGCGGAUCCUGGAGAAGGUACCCAAGAUCAACCUCAUCAUCUCUGGCAACUCGUUCGCCAUGUUCUACAAUGGCACGCCGCCCAGCGGAGCGCACAAGGACUUCGACUAUCCGCUUACCAUCCACCAUUCGGAGUCCGGCAACGGCAGCCGGCCCGUCACCAACCAGAUGGUGGUCGGAAACUACUUCCACAUGCUGUACGCCGGCAAGCUGAAGCUGGUGACGACCAACCAGGAGGUGUCGCUGGACACGCAGUCCGAGUCCAACCCGGUCUACAUGCACGGGGAGAAGGACCCGGACACACAGAGGUUGGUCGAAAAGCACGCGCACGCGCUCAGUCUGAUCCUCGGCCAGUCGAUCGGGUUCAACUCGUUCCUGCUGGACGGCAGUCACAGGUGCCGGCACAGCGAGUGCUCCAUGGGUAGUCUUGUCGCCGACGCCAUGGUGGAGGCGGCCCUGCAGUCCGUCGACGCGCCGCCGCCCGGCGCGUGGACGGUCGCCGCCGUGGCGCUGCUCGACAGCCACCGCGUCUCCUCCAGUCUGGAGCGCGGCGCCGUCUACCGCAUCGACAUGCGGAACGCGCUGCGGAACGACUCCAGCCUGGACGUGCUGCGGCUGACGGGUGCCGAGCUGCGCGGACUGCUGGAGAACAGCACCCGGCGCGUGCUAAACGGCUCCACCGGCUUCCUGCAGGUGUCGGGGGUACAGGUGGUCAGCCGGCCGGCCGAGGACGACGGGCCGCCCCAGCUCAACAUCUCCGUGGUGUGCGCCGAGUGUCUGCUGGCGCGCUACGAGCCGCUCAAUGACAGCACCGUGUACUCGGCCGUGGUGACCGCCUCGUUCGCGGCGCGUCUGACGGCCCCCGGCGGUCCGCUGACGGCCUCGGUGGCGAACCGCAGCCGCCAGCUGCACGGCUCGCUGCGUCACGCCGCCGCCGACUACAUCAGCAAGCUGUCGCCCGUGUUCAUCCCCACCGGCGACAGGCUGAUGCUGCACCUGCAGACGGGGACGGCGGCGCCGGCGACCGGCGCACCCCCGGACGGGUGGCGGCUGGCGGCAGCAGUGGCGGCCGCUCUCCUGGUGACUAGGGUGGCUGGAGUGGCGUAA